ACCAGACUCCAUUAUUGUUUCGUUGGGAAAAAGAACAGUUUUGCUUUUUUUCUAUGGCUGUCAGCUGUGGACUGUAGAUAAAACAUAGUUGUACCAAUUACAAGUAAGACCACUAGCAAAAGAGAGAGAGAAAUCAUUCUUCAUCACAUACUACUCUUAGGAUUCAACAGAUUUCAGAAAUGGAUAUUGGCUUAGCAGUUGGUGGUGCAUUUCUCUCUUCAGCUUUGAAUGUUCUCUUUGAUAGGCUUGCUCCUGAGGGUGAUCUGCUCAACAUGUUUCAGAAGCAUAAGCAUCAUGUUCAGCUCUUAAAGAAGCUGGAGGACAUUUUGCUUGGUCUUCAGAUUGUGCUAAGUGAUGCAGAGAAUAACCAAUCAUCAAAUCGACACGUGAGCCAGUGGUUUAAUAAGCUUCAGAAUGCUGUGGACGGUGCUGAAAACUUAAUAGAGGAAGUCAAUUAUGAAGCUUUGAGGCUUAAGGUGGAAGGUCAGCAUCAAAAUCUUGCAGAAACAAGCAACCAGCAAGUAAGUGACCUCAACCUGUGCUCGAGUGAUGAUUUCUUUCUUAAAAUAAAGGAGAAGUUGGAAGACACUAUUGAAACAUUGAAGGAUUUGCAAGAGCAAAUUGGUCACCUUGGCUUAAAGAUGCAUUUUGGUUCGACUAAACAAGAAACUAGGACACCUUCAACUUCUUUGGUUGAUGAAUCUGAUAUAUUUGGUAGGCAGAGCGAAAUAGAGGAUUUGAUUGACCGUUUAUUGUCCGAAGAUGCAAAUGGAAAAAAUCUGAGUGUAGUUCCUAUUGUUGGAAAGGGCGGCGUGGGUAAGACAACACUUGCUAAAGCCGUUUACAAUCAUGAGAAGGUGAAGGAGCAUUUUGGUUUGAAAGCUUGGUUUUGUGUUUCUCAGGCAUAUGAUGCUUUCAGAAUAACAAAAGGGUUACUUCAAGAAAUUGGCUCAUUUGACUUAAAGGUUGAUGACAAUCUUAAUCAGCUACAGGUCAAAUUGAAGGAAAGCUUGAAGGGAAAGAAGUUUCUUGUUGUCCUUGAUGAUGUGUGGAAUGACAACUACAACGAGUGGGAUGACUUGAGAAAUCUUUUUGUACAAGGAGAUAUAGGAAGUAAGAUCAUUGUGACGACACGUAAAGAGAGUGUCGCCCUGAGGAUGGGAAAUGAGCAAAUUAGUAUGGACAUUUUGUCAAUUGAAGAAUCUUGGUCUUUAUUUAAAAGACAUGCAUUUGAAAACAUGGAUCCUAUGGGACAUCCAGAACUUGAAGAGGUCGGAAAACAAAUUGCAGCUAAUUGCAAAGGACUGCCCUUAGCUCUGAAGACGCUCGCUGGCAUGUUACGCUCUAAAUCAGAGGUCGAAGGGUGGAAACGUAUUUUGAGAAGUAAAAUAUGGGAGCUGCCAGACAACGACAUAUUGCCAGCGUUGAUGUUGAGCUACAAUGAUCUUCCCUCACAUUUAAAACGAUGUUUUUCUUAUUGUGCAAUAUUUCCUAAAGAUUAUCCAUUUAGGAAAGAACAAGUUAUUCAUCUGUGGAUUGCUAAUGGUCUCGUACCACAGGAAGAUGAAAUAAUUCAAGAUUUAGGUAUCCUAUACUUUCUCGAGUUGAGAUCAAGAUCAUUAUUCGAAAGGGUCCCAAAUCCUUCUGAAGGGAACAUAGAGAAAUUCUUGAUGCAUGACCUUGUCAACGAUUUAGCCCAAAUUGCAUCUUCAAAACUUUGUAUCAGGUUGGAAGAGAGCCAAGGACCUCAUAUGUUGGAAAAAAGUCGGCACUUAUCAUAUUCAAUGGGAUAUUGUGGUGACUUUGAGAAAUUGACACCCCUCUACAAAUUGGAGCAGCUGAGGACAUUGCUUCCAAUCAGUUUCCAAUAUACUGGUCCACUUAGCAAGAGGGUGUUGCAUAACAUACUGCCAAGACUAAGAUCCUUGAGGGCAUUAUCGUUGUCUUGUUACAAGAUUACGGAGUUGCCGGAUGACUUGUUUAUCAAAUUAAAGCUCCUCAGAUUUUUGGACCUUUCUGAGACACCGAUUGAAAAGUUGCCUGAUUCCAUUUGUGUAUUGUAUAACUUAGAGACACUUCUCCUAUCAGAUUGUGAUUUUCUUGAGGAGCUACCGCUGCAGAUGGAGAAGUUGAUCAACUUGCAUCACCUCGACAUUAGCAACACUUCUCUCUUGAAGAUGCCACUACAUCUGAGCAAGUUGAAAAGCCUCCAAGUGCUAGUGGGAGCUAAGUUUCUUCUAAGUGGUUUGAGAAUGGAAGAUUUGGGUGAAGUAGAGAACUUGUAUGGAUCUCUAUCAGUUCUGGAGUUGCAAAAUGUAGUUGAUAGAAGGGAAGCUCUGAAGGCAAAGAUGAAAGAGAAGAAUCAUGUUGAGAAGUUGUCUUUGGAGUGGAGUGAAAGUAGUGCCGACAAUUCACAAACUGAAAGAGACAUACUUGAUGAGCUACACCCACACACAAACAUAAAAGAACUCCAAAUCACCGGAUAUAGAGGAACAAAAUUUCCAAAUUGGCUAGCUGAUCAUUCGUUUCUUAAGCUAGUACAAUUGUCUCUUAGCAACUGCAAGGACUGUGAUUCCUUGCCAGCACUAGGACAGCUUCCUUCUUUGAAAAUCCUUUCCAUCAGAGGGAUGCAUCGAAUAACAGAGGUGACGGAAGAAUUCUACGGCAGUUCAUUCUCCAGAAAGCCUUUUAAGCCUCUUGAGAAGCUUGAAUUUGAAGAUAUGCCGGAGUGGAAGCAAUGGCACGCACUCGACUUCCCUAAACUUGAGAGCCUUUCAAUUGACAAUUGUCCGAAGUUGAUGGGGAAGUUGCCUGAAAAUCUUUGUUCUCUGAUAAAAUUAAGAAUUUCAAGCUGUCCUGAACUCAAUUUGGAGACACCUUUUAGCAUACUGCCGAGUAGCUUGAAGACAAUAAGGAUAUCUGGUUGCCAGAAAUUAAAAUUGGAGGCGCCAGUUGGUGAGAUGAGUUAUUGUAACAUGUUUCUCGAGGAAUUAGUACUGGAAAGAUGUGAUUCAGUAUCACCUGAGUUGCUCCCAAGAGCACGCUCUUUGGGGGUAAGUCGUUGCCAUAACCUUACUAGGUUUUUGAUUCCUACUGCGACUGAAAGACUUUCUAUUUGUAAUUGUAAGAAUGUUGAAAUACUUUCGGUGGCAUGUGGGGGAACCCAGAUGACGUCUUUGUAUAUUGAUGGCUUUCCGAAGCUGAAGUGGCUGCCAGAACGUAUGCAGGAACUCCUUCCAUCUCUUAAUAAACUGCAUCUGUUUUAUUGUCCAGAAAUAGAGUCCUUUCCUGAAGGAGGAUUGCCCUGCAAUUUACAAUUACUUGUGAUCGACAAAUGCAAGAAACUGGUGAACGGCCGAAAGGAGUGGCGUUUACAGAGACUCCCCUGUCUCAGAGAAUUAGAAAUCGAUCAUGAUGGCAGUGACGAAGAGAUUCUUGCUGGUGAGAAUUGGGAGUUGCCUUCCUCCAUUCAAAGACUUGCGGUAUCCAAUCUGAAAACAUUUAGCAUCCAAGUUCUCAAAGGCCUCACCUCUCUUGAAGAUCUAUGUAUUCAUGAUUUAUCUCAAAUUCAGUCGAUGGUGGAAGAAGGCCAGCUUUCCGAAUCAGCACUGCCCUCCUCCCUCUCUCAGCUGACCAUCAAGGGUUGCCCUAAUCUCCAAUCACUUUCUGAAUUAGCACUGCCCUCCUUCCUCUCUCAGCUGACCAUCCAUGGUUGCCGUAAUCUCCAAUCACUUUCCGAAUCAGCACUGCCCUCCUCCCUCUCUCAGCUGACCAUCAAGGGUUGCCCUAAUCUCCAAUCACUUUCUGAAUUUGCACUGCCCUCCUCCCUCUCUCAGCUGAUCAUCCGUAAUUGCCCUAAUCUCCAAUCACUUUCUGAAUUUGCACUGCCCUCCUCCCUCUCUCAGCUGAUCAUCCGUAAUUGCCCUAAUCUCCAAUCACUUCCCGAAUCAGCACUUCCCUCCUCCCUCUCUCAGCUGAACAUCAGUGAUUGCCCUAACCUCCAAUCCAUUCCCGUAAAAGGGAUGCCCUCUUCCCUCUCUGAACUAAAUAUUUUCGACUGCCCAUUGCUCAAACCACUACUAGGAUUUGACAAGGGGGAAUACUGGCCAAAUAUUGCUCAAAUUCCCUUCAUAGAGAUCGAUGGGGAAUGCCUGUGAUGAUUAAUAUAAAUGGCUCUCCAAUAAAUUGUGGAUCGUUUAUUUCUCAAACCAUAAAUGUUGAUUGGGAGAACCUUUAAUGAUAUAAACAAGUGGUGCUCCGAUAGAGGGAUGAAGCACAGAGUGAUCAGGCCUGAGACGAAUUGCUAUCUUACAAAGUGCUUGGUCCUCUCAUGGAACAUCGGGUUUUUACUGAUGGCUACUUGACUGUCAUAAAGAACUUUCACCUGCAGAAUAGGAGGGACUGAUCGAUCUUCGAGCAGUCGAAUAAGCUAGGUACCUGUUAUCUUGGUACUCAUACUACACUCUGCAUCUACUAUCGUGAUGCAGGACCGAGCACCAGCUAUCGACAUGGAUAAAUUGAGCCUGUUGCAGUCAACUUCGGAGACUAGGAAAUGGUUCGUACGUGCGGUACCAUCGAUCGUGAUAACGCACCAAGGCUUGGCAUGCCUAGAGGUCAUCCUCGUGGGACAGGUAGGGGAGCAGCACCAGCUCCCAACCCGGAGAUAGAGCCGGAGCUGGUAGAGGAGCAUCUGGACGAUCUUAUUCCUACUCAGCCAGAGGGACCACCACCACCAGCACAGCCUCCAGCUGCACCAGUUAUGACCCCAACACUACAGGCAGCGAUUGUGCAGCUCCUCACGGCUAUUGGAGUUGUACCACAAGCCCCGACCCCAGUAUCGAACAUACUAGCACCGCAGGAUCCGCUCGUUCAACCGGCACCUGAGGUUCAACUGCCUCCACCAAUUUUUGUACCCCCUCCAGCAGUUCCAGAAGGUAUGAUGUCAUUACAGGAUCAGAAGAUAUUAGGGGUAUUUCAGAGGCUAUCGCCCCCGAUAUUUUCUAGAGCCACUGGCGAGGAUGCCAUGGAGUUCUUGUCUACCUGUCAAGAGCAGCUCUAUUCCUUGGGUCUUGUGGAGUCCAGAGGCGCCGACUUCACUGCUCACCAGUUCAGAGGGGCAGCCAGACAGUGGUGGCGCUCUUAUUUGCAGUCCAGACCAACUGAGUCACCACCAUUGACAUGGGCCUAGUUCUCAGAGGCUUACUUGGCUCGAUACAUCCCUAGGAGUGUUCGGGACCGACUUUGGGAUCAGUUUACUUGGUUGGAGUAGGGCCACAUGAUGAUUGCAGAGUACGAGGCUAGAUUUCAUCUGCUUUCCCGACAUGCCACUAUGAUUCUACCAACUGAGGAGGAGCGGGUACGAUGUUUUGUGCACGGAUUGAGACCUUACUUGAGGUUGGGGAUCGAGCACCUUGUUUCUGUGGGCCGCUCUUUUCUGGAUGUAGUGGAUCAUGCCCGCACGAUCGAAAUUAUUCAUCGCCAGGCCCAAGGAGGCUGCGAUAAGAGACUCAGGCAUCAGGGUAGCUUCAGUGGGUCCCAUUCUAGAGGCCAUGAUAGUUAUGACAGGCCCCGCCAAUGAUUCUAGUUGGAUAGGUACCAACAGGGUCAAUCCAACCGGCCGAUUCAGGCCGCCUGCCAGCAGUUGAGGGUAGUCAGCCUCAUUCGGGGGGUUCCACCGGAGGGCAAAGCUCAAGGGGAUUAGGUCCGCUUUUUUCCUACCGUGGACGAGUUAUCACGGGUCACUCAGCUUUAGGAUAUUUUGAUUGUGGCUCACUGGAGCACUUGUCUAGGGAGUGUCCCAUCCGGGCUAGACCGUUGGUAGUAGCACCACCUCCACCAGGAGGUAUAGAUCGGGGUCACGGAUGAGGCGAUGGUCAGUAGGGUAUUCGGGGAGGUUCCCGAGGAGGCAGGUCAGGUGGUAGGGUAAAUGUUCGUGGGGGAGGCCGACAGGGCCACUUGCUCCGGCGAGGGCAGAGGCUGAGGCAUCAGAUGAUGUUAUCACAGCGAGUAUUCCAUCGACUUCUACUCGACUUCAGAUAUAGCCGGUGUCCAGCACAUCAGGUUCCAGGUUGAGCUAUUCGUUCUAGCUCGUGUUGGAUUCUCUCAAUCAUGACAUGAUGUUCUUAGUUUUUGGACACAAACUGUGUUAUUUAUUUUAUUCUAGCGUUCGAUACUUUCAGAUUUAGUAUUUUUGGAUUAGAUGUUCUUGAUGUGAUGACUUUCAGAUUUUGGGGAAUGAUAUAUAAUAGAUUUUAUUGGCUU